ACGAAGUUAAUCGCUGAAAGUGCCAGACGUAUUGUUGUGAAAAGAAAAUCGAAUACUUACUAGUUUUCAAAAAACAAGCUACAGCGUUAGUGCUACAUGUAAUGUUAAGAACUGUAUUAAACUAUAAACUAACUAAACCUAUGUGGAUAUUGCACGAGUAUUACGAGUAUUAGUGGUGCAUUUGUUUAUUUAUAGACAGUCGCAAUUUGCAGUCAUGUAAAUACCCCUGCGGCUUUAAAAUGUCUCAGAAAGAUACAGCGAUACAUCUUGUAGCCGGCGGUGUGGCAGGAACUGCUGGGGCUGUUGUUACUUGCCCCUUAGAAGUUGUGAAAACUCGUCUGCAAUCAUCUAAAGGAGUCGGUAUUCCUCCCGCAGGACCUCCACCCCCAUCAGACAACACAUCCAGCACCAGAAAAUUCUGUUCCAAAAUACCAAAACAUCAGGAGGCCAAAUGGGGCUACAGACGUACGAUGGGCGCGAUGUUCGCAUACAGCAAGCAAGCCGACCGCAUGCUGAUCUCCUACAAUUGUCAGGUGCAGCAGUGUGCAACGGCAGGUUACGCUAGAACAACAUCCAGGAUGAGCCUCAUCCAAUGCCUAAGACAUAUAGUUCAAAAUGAAGGACCGAAAGCUUUGUUUAAAGGCCUCGGACCCAACAUAGUGGGUGUGGCGCCAUCGAGAGCCAUUUACUUCUGCACGUAUUCUCAAGCAAAAGCAAUAUUGAAUCAAAACAUACCACCGGAUACACCUAUUGUACAUCUCUCAGCUGCUAGUGCUGCAGGUUUUGUAUCAUGCACUAUGACCAAUCCGAUAUGGUUUGUCAAAACGCGGCUUCAGUUAGACGGACAAAACGUUACAGCACUGCAGUGCAUCAAGAGGAUAUACGCUAAAACGGGUAUAAGAGGAUUUUAUAAAGGCAUAACGGCAUCAUAUAUGGGUAUUAGUGAGACUGUUGUACAUUUCGUAUUGUAUGAGGGGGUGAAGGCUAGACUGGUCGCUGCGAGAAGCGUGGAUGGGAUCCCCAACGAUCAGCGGUCACCAAGGGACUUUUUGGAAUUUAUGGGCGCCGGCGCUUUCUCUAAGACCGUUGCGUCUUGCAUCGCUUACCCACACGAAGUGGCGAGGACACGGCUAAGAGAAGAAGGUGAUAAAUAUCGUAAAUUUUGGCAAACACUGCACACAGUUUGGUUGGAAGAAGGGUACCGUGGAGUUUAUAGGGGCUUAGGCACUCAGCUGGUGCGCCAAAUACCAAACACAGCGAUAAUGAUGUCAACUUACGAGGCCGUCGUUUAUCUAUUGACUACACAUUUUAAUAGUUCUUUUUAUGAAAACACUUAGCAAUUGAAAUAAAAGCUUUAGGCUUAAACAAUAACAAUUCUGUUGCGCCACGAAUAGAAGUUUGAUUGCAAAUCGUAGGCCGCGAUGUAAAAUAAUAGCUUUCUGCCCAGUGCCUUAUAGCACUGUUUUGUUAGACUCGAGAGCUUACCUCAUUCUCAGCGAAGUAAUAUAUCAGUCGAAUCUUUUAUAUUGUAAUUAAUGUGUUAUUAGUUUAUAAGGACUAAGAAUGCUGUAGUGAAUUGAUCACUGUGCCACAUAAAGGGACUGAUUUACUUAGAUGUUGUUGAUUAAUGUUGUAAAUAGUAUAAAUAGUAUGCUUGCUUCUGUUUCAUGUUUUUUUUUAUAGAUUUUUUUUCACAAUUUAUCAAUAUUGUGUAUAUAAAAAAUUUACAAAAAAAAUAUGUCCAUGUGCGAUUAAUUAAAAUCUAUAUUUCAGUUACAAGCUUAUAAUUACUGCAAAUUCCACUAAAACUGAGUCAUUGAAACUGUUAGAAUCAAUGAUUAUAUUAAUUUCCAUUUUAUCACAGAUCAUAUAUUAAAUAUGUAUAUAUUCAGUGCUACUUUAGUCAUUUUUCUAGUCUCACUGAUAAUUGUUAAUAUUGGUUGAACAUCAAUAUCAAAUGUAGAAUUGAUUAGUGAUCUGUAUAGUUGCCAGUGGGCGUAAAUUUACACCAGUGUAGAGACAUCAUAAGUCUGGUUGCAUAC